CGAAUAUAGUGCGUGAACUUCAAUAUAAGUACGACUACAUCGGUCACGCAAUUGACUUGCUAUGUUUAGCUUGGAUCAAUAGACGUUGUGAUGUAAUGUGGAUAUUGGUGGAAUUGAAAGUGUUCGUUAAAGAUUGCAUGUUGUAUGGUUUGGGGGCGUGCCAAAAGAUUCACGGAUGUCUGGAAAUGGCCUACUGCAUGUGGUUAAGAAGUGGGUGGGGAGCUGCAAAAAUGUAUAGCACAGGAAGGGUGUUACUUCCAGAAGGAAAGUGCCCAGACCUCAGGAAUCCUCAGAUAAUGAGUAAUGGUGGGAUCAGAGACAAUGCAAUGAUGCAAGAACAUGGAAUCUUGCAAUGGCACACUGACAUCAGAAAGUGGUGCUGCUACCACCAUCACAGCCACCACCACAACCACCGCCACCAUCUCAGUGAGCAGUGGAGGUGCCCAUGUGGGGGAAGAUGAAGACUCCAACUUUGAUCGUCUGACUCAGAUAUUGCCAGAAUGUUUUGUCAGUGUCAAGCUUGAAAAUAACGAGGACACCUGUGCCACAGAGACAUCUGCUAACACAGUUUCACUUACACAAGACACUAUACCACAAGAAACUCCAUCAGGGUGUUCUGAAGUUUCAAGUGAGCCAGCACCAUCAAGGUUAGCAGUGAACAUGCAGAACUCUCAGCACACAUCCGCAACUGGAAGUCGCAUUGCUCCCUGUUUUCACCACAGGGGGAUGACUGGGUGCUCUGCGAUACCAGAAUUACCUCCCUGGCUUCAGCAUUGUUACACCGCAGGACAGAUAUCAAGUGGUGAGAGUGUUCAACAAGGAUCUCAGCACUUCCACCAAUCUGCAACAUAUCUGGGUCAUGAAGGCCCCAUCAUUCAAGGAGACAGAUCUUUGAAACCUGGAGGGGGUGUUUGUCGUCUAGAUGGUACUCCUGCUGGGAUUGGUGGCCUUUCAAAUGGUGAUGUGUGUGAUUCUAACACUUUCCUCAAUUAUGUUUUGAACCAGCAGAGGUCAAGUGGAAUUUUCUUAUUUGACCCCAUCCGUUCCCUUCAUCCUAAUGACUCAAACACAGAAACAACAUCAACAGCAUCUGCACAUGAAAGUAGUACAAAUACAGAUUCUAGUAGGCAUCAGAAUCUCAGCCAGAAACAUGCCAUCGAUUCCUCAGUCAAACAUAAUUCCCCACCAUCUGUUAUUCCUCCAGUUGAGGGUAAUCCUGCACGUCGUGAUGCUGCUACCAAUACUGUCUCAAAAUACUUACAAACAAUACCUUUGCUGCCCAUCCAUGCUGAUGCGAAGACCAAUACUGGUGACCACUCAGACGAUAGGGAUAUACUUGUAACUCGGACGCAGUCCAAAGCAUGCCACUUACAUCAUUGUACUAAAUGUAUUAUGUCAAAAAUUACUUACAUGUGUCAUGAAGAGAAAUCAUUGCAAGCACAGGAUGAAAGCACAGGCCAGAACUUAACUGCUAGCUUUACUGUAGGUGCUGCAUGUCACAAAGUUAUGAACAUGAGGAAUUGCUCUACUGCUGGCUGUACUAAUCAUGUUCCAGACGCUAAAGCUGAAAAUGGGAAGUUACACACCAACUUCGUCAUUGUCAGUACAGAUGGAAAUGGUGACUUAAACCCUCAUCAGGAGCAGCAGUGCAGCCAUGGACCUUGUUCUUGUUCAGUGGAAAAUACUAAUGUUGUAGGUCAUACUAUAAAAACUGAAGGUUUGUCAGCUCAUAGCUUUACAGACGCCGACAAUAUUGGCAAAUUUGGCAACAUGCAAUUAGGCCGUGAAAUUGUUUCAGAUUGCAAGUGUAUGAAUGAUUGUGGUAAUAUGUGCAUUAAGGACAAUCGUAGAUUGCAUUAUGUUGAUAUUGAUAGGCCAUUUACUUGUGAGAUAUGCUUCAAGAACUAUCCUACAAGCACUGCAUUAAUGAACCAUAUGAGGUACCAUCGUGGACAGCGGCCGUAUCAGUGUGAAGUGUGUAACAAGGCUUUUGCAACAAAUUCUCAUCUCGUUACUCACCGCAGAGUUCAUACGGGUGAACGGCCUUUUCAGUGCAGGCUGUGCAGACGCAGCUUUGCAGACCGCUCGGCAUAUGUCAAGCAUGAACGUACUCAUGGUCCUAAUGGAACGAUAAUCAAGAGAUACAAAUGUGAUGAGUGUGGUAAUUCAUUUGUAGAUUCUUGUGGAUUGAAAAAACAUGUUCGGAUUCAUACUGGAGAGAGACCAUAUUGUUGUUCUGUAUGUCAGAAAACUUUUUCAACAAGUUCAACCUUUGUUGCCCACAAGAGGAUUCAUAGUGGAGAAAGACCAUACAAGUGUGAAAACUGUGACAAAAUGUUCAUCACCAAGUCUCAUCUCUUGACUCACCGACGAACACACACGGGUGAAAAACCGUUCAGCUGCCAGGUGUGUAACAGAGCAUUUGCAGAUGGAUCAAGUUUCCGCCGUCAUGAGCGUCUCCAUACAGGUGAGAAUAGACAUACUUGUGAUAUCUGUGGUAAGGGCUUCCCAUUUGAUACGUCAUUGGCGAGGCAUAAACAGAGUCACAUACCUGGCACACCUACAUAUGUGUACAUGGUGUGAAUUAUUUAAAUUUGUGUGUUAGGGUGCAUCGCUUAGUAGAAAACAUGAUUAGCGACUGAUACAGUUUGUUCUGUAGGCAAGAUGUUGACGUUCCUCUGUGUUAAGAACUGAAUAGCAAACGAUUUCUUCUAAAGGUUGUAAUCUCGGAGAAGUACUAAUGUGUUUAUGUUGUUUAACAGCGAAGUAGAAUGUAUCAAUAUCUGAAGAUGUGUGUAUGAUUAAUAAUUAUCAUGCAUUUUUCUUACUUUCAUAUUAUAAUUUACUUCAGAGUAAGUUAGAAUGUGUGAAUACACAACUGACACCAGUCGCAUUGAAUUUGUGGCUUACACACGUGUGCAGAGAAAAUGUAUGCCAUAUCUGUAUUAUAAAUUGGUUUUAUUAAACAAUUAAUGUUGAAGGUUA